AUGGCAACCAACCAAGUAGAAGAAGCAGCGAAAAGGGUUCAUUACCCAUUGGACUCUUCCUCGUACAAGCUCCUCAACGAGAUCGGCGCCGUCGUGAGCGCCGUCGUGUACAAAGCCCUCUGCAUCCCCAUGAACUCCGCCGCGGUGGCAAUCAAAUCCAUAGACCUGGACCGUUCCCGCCCCGACUUGGACGAUGUUCGUCGGGAGGCCAAAACCCUAUCCCUCCUUUCUCACCCUAACAUCCUCAAAGCACACUGCUCCUUCACCGUCGAUCGCCGCCUCUGGGUGGUGAUGCCCUUCAUGGCCGCAGGGUCUCUCCAAUCCAUCAUCUCUCACUGCCACCCCGACGGCUUAACCGAACCCUGCAUCGCGGUGGUUCUCAGAGACACCCUCAACGCCCUCUCCUACCUACACGGCCAGGGCCACCUCCACCGAGACAUAAAAGCCGGUAACGUCCUCGUCGACACAAACGGGCAAGUGAAGCUCGCAGAUUUCGGCGUGUCGGCUUCGAUCUACGAGUCCUCCACGUGUUCCUCUCUCAAGUUCACCGACGUUGCCGGCACGCCGUAUUGGAUGGCUCCUGAGGUGAUUCACUCGCACACAGGGUACAGUUUCAAGGCUGAUAUAUGGUCCUUCGGGAUAACAGCUUUGGAGCUGGCGCAUGGAAGGCCUCCUCUCUCUCACCUUCCACCUUCCAAAAAGGGGAAUGGAAAGAAGUUCUCCAAGGCGUUCAAGGACAUGGUGGCUUCUUGUCUAGACCAAGAUCCUUCCAAAAGACCCACAGCUGAUAAGUUGCUGAAACACCCCUUCUUUAAAAACUGUAAGGGAACUGAUUUUCUGGUGAGGAACGUUCUCCAAGGGUUGCCCAGUGUGGAGAAAAGGUAUAAGGAUAACAAGGUUAAUGAGCAUGCAGAUGAGGGGGAGCAUGAUGAUGAUGAUGAUGAAGAAGACCCUGCCAUGCUGGUGAAGGAGAGAAGGAUCAGCGGGUGGAACUUCAACCAAGACGGGUUGGAGCUUGAUCCUGUGUUCCCAAACGAUGAUGCGGUGGCAAAAGAGGUUGCGUUUGGAAGGGAAGCGGGUACCCAACAAAUGGGGGAGCAUGUUUAUGUUGGUGGUGGUGCAGCAGCAGCAAGCAUAGCGGGUGGUGGUGGCGUGAAGAAGGAAAAGAUGUUGGCGACUCUGAAUGUGUUGAAAGGGAGCUUGGAACAAGAGCUGUUGGAAGUGAAGUUUCUGGUGAAAACGAUACAAGGAGAAGAGGAGAGUGAUCAUCAAGUAGCUGCUGCUGCUGAUCAUGGUGAAGAGCACAAGGAGAUUUCUAGGCUGAGGGCUGCACUGGAAAAUGAGAGGAAGAAGAACUUGCAGUUGGAGUUGCAGCUUCACACUUGCAAGCUUCACCAUUCUUCUGCUCUCAAUGUUUCAAACUAA